AUGGAAGAUUUCUAUCAUAUCAUAUUUAUAGUAACAGCUUUUAUUCUUAAUGCAAUUAAUCUCGGAAUUAAUUAUCAUUUUGUGAUAUCUGGAGAAGAGUUUAAAUCACAGUCUAUUAGUCCAGUUGAUUAUUGUAAUGAAAUUAACCCAUUUAUUCGUUUAGAAAUUAUUAUAAAUGUAUUAAAUUUAAUUUGUUAUAUUAUUCCAGGUGAUUAUAUAGAAAUUGUAUUAUGUCUUUGUAUUUUCAUAUAUUUUAGUUAUUUAUAUUAUAAAAAAUUUUUGUUUAUAAAACCAAUUAAUGCACAAAGUUAUUUAGAAAGAAAUGAGAGUGUUGGAUAUCAAAAGAUAGUUUAUUAUUUAUUAUUAAUUUUGAUAUUAUUAACAAGAUUAAUACUCAUUUAUCUUACUAAUUUUGAAGUUAAUAUUUUCUAA